AUCACCUUUGAGUGAAGAGAUAUUAUGUUUAUAUUUUCUGGUACCUUUGAAUUGCAAAAAACGCAUCUUUGUCAGCACACAUAAAUAGUUUAAUCUUAUCUACGAGCGUUAUUCGAAAGAAUAUAUAGAUGCGUUGAAACGGAACUCUCUAGUAGGCCAAUCAACACGUUUGAUAUAAAAGGUGCUUGGGCUACUAUACAUGCGCAGCUUCGGGGCGCGAAAGUUGCACAUAAAUUUUGUACAGUUGUGUGUUGACAGUGGUUGAUUAUUGCAAUUUCGUGCCUCCCGAGGUGUUUUCUGCUUUUACUAUGAAUGCCGAUUGAUGUGAUAAGAGGUAAUAAUGACAAAAUGCAGUGAUUCCCCAAAGGGUGGGAUAUCGCGAAAGUCAGCACACCAAAUGAUCAAGUCAAGAAAAUGAAAGUGUUUUGUCCAAAGCCGUAAGCCUUGUGUGCCACUGUAAGUGUAAGAUACUAAGGAUAGAAACUAGUGAUGGAAUCUGAUUCAGACGAAGAGCUUUCUGUUCCGACUGAACCAGAACAAACUGAAGAUGAAAGACGUCAACUUCGACAUCAGUACAUGGUUAUUCAAGAUGAAUUAAAAGCAAGACAGCAUGAUCUAAUCAACCCAGAAUCUGAAGAACUCACAGAUAAGUUGAAGGAAUGCAAUUCUUUAUUUCAAAGAGUAAAAUUGACCAGGGAAGCAACCAAGGACUCUCAAGCUCUGCUGACAAUCGCUCAACUGGGAAGGCAGAAAGCACAAGCAUUACAGACAGACAUCAACACAUUUAAUGCGUUGGAAUUUUCUGAACGUCUGGUAAAUUACAUAAGUUUUGGAAGGAUACCUGCAACUUCCACGGAUAACAAUGCCAGGAUUCCAAGGAUAAGUUGGGAGAAGUUUGGAGAAGCAGUGCAGCCUUUCUUUAGUAGAACCCCACCUUUGAGAUGCAUGUUGGGUACCUUUGAGAGAGGGCCGCCUGAGAGAAGAGUUUCUAAUAGAAAUACAGACAAAGGUGAUAGAGAUGCCAUUACUGAUAGAACAGUGCCAAAGCAAUUAAAAUCUGUAGAUGAAGAAGAACAGAGAGAGCAAACGACAGAAGAAGUGGAGAGAAUCCAUAGACUUUUGAUGAACUACUGGAGAAACAAUAAGAAGAAACCAGUGGACUACUUUGAAUUUGUCCUGAACCCUGGCUCUUAUGGUCACACAAUAGAGAACAUGUUCCAUGUAGCAUUUCUGGUCAGGGAUAACCUAGCCAAAAUACUUCUAGAUGAAUAUAAAUUGCCUGUUAUAGAGCCUGUAGAAAAACAUGCUGGCGAUGCACCAACUGAAUCUUUACAGAGGCAUCAGUGUAUCGUUUCAAUAACAAACAGUGAAUUUGAGGAACUCGUUAGAACAUUCCAAGUUAAAACAGCAGCCAUAAAACCAGUUGAAUUAAAAAAGGGGAAGAUUCCCAGUGCAAGCGGAGAUAGUGGACCAAGCCAAAUGAAUGGCUUUGAUGCACAUCCUGGGCCACAGAGCAAGAAAGCGAAAAAAUGAAGACAGUUAAAAGCUGAGGAAGAAAAAACCCUGGUGAUGAUAACAAAUUGGCGUGAUGAUUAAGGUGGAUUUUGCCGUCUUUAUAUGGAAUAGGGUUGCAAGGCUUGAGCACAAGUUUGGGUUAUACUAUACUUAAAAAAACCUUAGUAGUAUUUGGUAUGGUUUUUAUACAUCAUAAUAUUAUUCCACUUAAAAGCUUACAAACCCAAGUUAUUUGUACAAUCGUCGUGUCUUUACACUGAUUAAUGAAACAUUUUUAAUCUACUUUGAAAUCGCAUUUGUCAUAUUUGCAGAACCAAUUAUUAUCUAUUUUAUUAUCCUCUAUACUUGAUGUCUUUUUAAAUACACUUAUAAGACACAUCGGGUAGUUAGUAAAUAAAAUGUUGGAAGUCUGUUUUGUAGUUUGUACAGAGGCUAAUGAGCUUGCCAUGUCCACUCUUUUAUAGACAUCAGUUUGCGACAUCCAUAUCUGUCAUUGGCAAUUGUGAUUCUUAAUGGAUUGUUAGAGUAAACGGCUAGUAGACAACAAAGUCUAUUCUGGUGUUGAGCAUGUUAAAUUUCUGUGCAAUUUUAACAUAGAAUAUAGCAGUCUGUAGUGAUGAAAAAAUUACACAAGAAAUUUUGGCUUCCUGAUUUGAUUGUGCAUUAUUACUAUUAGAAUGGAGCAGCAUAAUAUAAUGAUAAAAUUCUUUGUCUUUGAUUCAGUGCUUUGAAAAUCAAUAAAACACAUUAACAUGAAGAUUAUUUUAAAAGGCAUAUAAUUCAUCAUCGUAGAUAUUUUACUGCUAUGUCAAGUUGUAGUAGCAUAAGCAUUGUCAUUAGAUACAACAAAUGAUUUUCUUUUCUGAAUAUAAAGUGAAGCCCAGAAUGUAAAAACGAUUUCAUGAAAUAUUUUUGUUUGGUCUUGGAGUCGGUUUUUGCGUCUAAAAACUUUCUUUUGCUGAAAUAGAGAAACUGAAGCAGAAUAUAAGGGCUUGCGAUCUUGUAUUGCUGAUAUAACUUUUAUGUACUUGAUUCAGACUAGUCUAGUCCUCUGUUCGUCAUUCGAUGCACAUGUAUAUAGUUUUGUAUAUGAAAAAUAUUUUAUCUCGAUACAGAAUAAAAUUAUUUGCUAUACUCAUCGAU